GCAGCAUUUCGUUCGUCGAGCAAAAGUGGAAUGCUGAAUUUUCUGUGACCGCUAGAUUCUUUUGUUGGAAAAGUCAUUGCAAGUGUCAAAAUACAAUAAAUAUACAAAGUUUAAAAAGUUAUCGUGCCGAGAAAUCGUGUCAUACUUUAGCUUUUCUUGUUUAUAAACAUUUACAUGGAUUAAAAGCGUGUGCAAGUGAAAAUAUCGAACCGCAUAUAAGACUUUUCUCAUCAAUGCUAGGAAAGGCACUCUAACCAGAAAAUUGUGUGUGAAAAAGCCAGAACUAUAGUGAUUGUUUGACUGCUGUCUGACUAGAGCGAGUGGAACGGAAGACAAAUACAAUACAUUCGAUUGAACGUUGCAAAUCUUUCGAAAAUAGCCAAAAAAAGUGUGAAAAUAGCUUACACAUACGCACCCGCACACACAUUUGUGUGCUGUCAAAUAAACGUCAAGUGUGCGUAUUUGACAUUUUCAACGUUUGCAUUCACCGUCUGAUGUAAAAUCCUUCUGGAAAAAUUAAUUUUUCCUCAUACCAGCAACAACAAAAUAUACAGAUUUAUAUAAAGUACAAUAAUAAAGCAAAAGUGUUUUUGAACGCGAGUCAUCGUAUAUAAAUCAUUAAAUACCGUGUUUACUAAACGCGCUUCGACGCUACUGCUCACAUUUCAUCAGCCAUCAUUUUCUGUGUUUUCCUGUUUAGUCCGAGCAGUCAUCACGCAAAAUGUUAAUAAAUUUGAGAGUAAAAACACUAGAUGCUCAGACGCAUGAUUUUAGUAUUGAUAAUGAGUUGACUAUUCGUCAAUUUAAGGAUAAAAUCGCAGAAAAGACUAAUAUCGCUGCAGAUCAACAGCGUAUCAUCUAUUGUGGUCGAGUACUUGCCGAUGAGAAACAAUUGAAAGAAUAUGAUGUUGAUGGUAAAGUCGUACAUGUGGCGGAAAGACCACCGCCGUCUCAGCGCGGCCCCUCAACUUCCAGUUCGUCUACAAAUGAUACACCACCUACACGGGAGCGUACAAGUAAUCGCGGUGGUAUGCGUAAUUCGCCACUAUUUCGAGCCUUAGAUGGCAUGGUUGUCGGCACGAUGGCAAUACCAAUGAAUCCUGUGCAAAAUAACAGUCCACAGCAGGGAAAUCCUUUCGCUGCUUCGUCGUCAUUUUGCAUGAACCGUAUAACAGUGGCGCGUCAUAUGUUGGACUGUGCAAAUAACAUUGCUGCUUAUUUAGAAGAUCCAGAAAGGGGUCUUAAUAAUACCUCACUGGACAUUUUGGCCCGUGGAAGUUGGACAAUGGAAUCUACUGUUGUCGAAGUCGGCUUUACUGCAGCAGAUUUACCACAAAACCAAAAUAUUGUUGAAAUGGUACAAGAUGCGGUGUCGGCAGCUUUACGUCGUAAUAGUAACACAAAUGUUACAGUUGUGCAAUUACCAACCGUAUUCGGUUCUAGUGAAGGUGGCGAAGCUGAUGCUGCCUUGAGAAAUAUUGACGCUGCCACAAAUAUGGACGCAACUGAAGACGGUGCAGCUGUUGAAGCUGAAGGCGCUGCUGCUGUCAUUAUAGAAGAUGUUAUUGAUGAUGCUUUUGAAGGUGGAGCGACGGGUUCUAAUGAUAAUGGUGUUUCUGAAGCUUCUAACGCAAAUAACACAAAUAAUGCAAGCUUAGCUACUAGCCCGACAACCUCUGAUAAUGCAGGAGCAGCAGCAGACACAUCGAAUGCAUCGACUAAUACGGGCACCAACACUGAAGAAAAUCAAUCGCGUCGUCGCACUAACACGCGAGUAUUGGCAGAAGUGGUUGCACAAAUGCGCACUGUACAAAUUCGCCUAAAUCCUUUCAUACAACAAUUUUAUGAGCUAUUGAAUAAUGAUCCUACAUUCGAAGAAGGGGAUACUAGUGGACGUGAAAAUGCACAACGUCUUUAUAACCGAGUUUCGGAAGCAUUACACUACAUGUCUCAUGCUCAACACGCUAUAUCCGAUCUAAUGUUGGACGUAUCGCAACCAGCACCGAGAUUUCUCACUUGCCGUCCCAUAUUGGUGGAGCAAAGUGGUUAUGUUAGUUCUAAUAAUUAUUUGUCUACUGCAGCAGCGGCUGUUGCUGCGGCAACGGGUAAUAAUCAAGCGCGUCCACGCACCCGCACCUUUAUAUCGCCACGUUAUAAUCAUCCGGUAACCAUAACAACCAAUUCACAACCAACAACUGUUAGUGGUAAUGGUACAGCAAACGGCAAUGACACUGCUGCUGCAAAUGUGUCAAGCAAUAAUAGUGGUAGUGGUAGUGCUAGUGGUAGUAGCACUACCGCUAACGGCGGUGCUGCUGAUAGCAAUAGCACAACUGCUAAUGCAAGUGGCAGUGGUAGCGGUAGUUCCAUUGAAGAUCCAGUUGAUGAGCCAUUGACCAAUCCGAAUGCUCGAGGUUCUGGUAGCGCUGCAACAAAUGCCGCUACACAAAGCAAUGAUGGUAGUACGUUAGAGAUUGUGCUCCAACCCAGGCGUGGAUUGUAUUUUGGCAAUAAUCCUCAAGUGCAGAUGUCACGUCUUAUUCAAGCUAUGGUCAACUCGGCGCCCAUAAACACCGAACUUCAUGUGCAAAUAUUGCCACCCACCAUAGUGAGUGUGCCAGUGAGCGCGCGAGUUGCUGCUGGCAACAAUGCAAAUAGCGAACAGCGUGCACAAGCUGGCGCCUCCGCAGCAGCAGCAGCAGCAGCAGCACGAGGGACAGCAACUGGUACAGCCACAGCCACAGGCGCAGCUGCAGCUAGCAAUAAUAAUGCUUCGAAUAACAGCAAUAGUAACAGCGCCAGAGCAACGGCAAACGCCAACAAUGUUAACAACAAUCUUAAUAGUAACAACUCAGGAGCAGCAGCAACAGGCAUUAUUUUGGCUGGCAACAAUGCAAAUCGUCCCGUUUCCGCUUCUCUGGCAAUUGGCACCUUACCAACAACAUCGACACAAACGCGUUCCACAUCCAGACCACAGCUACAGAUCGGCGGCAUACCGGCAAACGGCUGGAAUGGUCGUUUUAUACCGGCUAAUAUGAUGUCGUCAUUCGAUCGUUUCCUACCUUGUAAUAGUCAUCACAUUCGUGAGCCAGAGACUAACAGUAAUGGCAAUGGGGGCAAUGGAACCAAUGGAGGCAAUGCCACCCCUGUGAAUGCAAAUACAAACUCAACUACAAAUAAUCCCACACCACAAGUAAGAGCAGCCGCCAAUACGCCUAAUCCACGCCCACCACGUACGCUCGCUGAUAUAUUGUCAGUCGGACGUGCCACACCCACAGCUGGUGGUCCGACAACAUCAACGAUAGAUCAAAUACGCAACUUACUUUAUGGUCCAUCAACAUCAAGCCCUUCUGGCUCCACUCCUACAGCCAGUAGUUGUAGAUUACAAGCUGAGUUUCGCAACUUUUUUGCUGAACAACUUUUCUACAAUACAUUAAUUAAUGAGCAAACAGUGCCACCGAUUGUGGAUAGUACUAUACUUUGGAUGAAUCGAAUACUCGUGCGGUUGCCGGAAUAUGAGUUGCCCGAGGUUGACGCGCGUAAAUCAGUGGCCAACAUUGUGCGUCUUAUGCUGCCGCAAUUCAUCGAGACAGUAGUCGAUGGACAGUGUAGUAUGUCAGAAUUCGAGGAACGUUUGAUGAAAAUUUGCAAAGACUUCAUAACGCGUCUCUAUAGUGUUUUUAUUAUUUGUGCUGGCAGAAGUAAUGCCGAUGUAUAUUGGCCAACUGUGAUGAGUUUGUUCCAGAUGCUGAUAAAUGGAUAUUUCUCUGGUGAAGCUCUAGCGUUUUUACGAUUUUAUUUUAAUCGCGCUAUUCCAUCCUCAGUGGACACAGAAGAUGCACAACAAUUUAUUGUCUAUAGAAAUUCCUCGGAAACUGAUGUUGAAAUGGAGAGUGUCGAGGCGUCGUCUCCAUCUGGGGUAAAUAACCGAAUGGAAUUUACAAUAGACAUCGAUAACGAUGUAGAACUCGAACCUGUCCCUGUCGAACCGUUGCCCAGUGUUACCGCCGGCUCUGAACCGUGGCAUAGGAAUUUCCCUGAAGACUGGCUACCAGUUAUAACACGCGAUCUUCAACUACAAAGUGAAAAUCCACCAAAUCAAGCUCCAUUCUCGGAUGCGUACAUAUCAGGCAUGUCUUCGAAACGAAAGAAAAUGAUACAAAACAAUAAACCACCAACAGAUGUCAGCUCACUAAUCGCGAGAAGCGUACGCAAAGCCAUACAGACAGUUGGCCCACGCACGCCUGCUGCGGCAACUGCAGGUGCUGCGACUGCAUCCACCUCUGCGGCAGCAUUGACAGCAGAGGAGAUUACAGAGGCGAUUGCUAACGAUACAGCGGUGCAAGCUUCAUGCACGGAGACGGUGCGCGUCAAUGUACGCGAACGCUUAAAGAAAGACAGCGAUUAUAAAGCUGAGAAAUUUCCACAUACUGCAAAAUUUGUGAACAAAUAGAAUUCAUAGCAGGGUGCUUUUUAGCAUAGCGAGCAUUAUUAAAGAAAGAGAAAGAAACAAAAAAAAAAGAAAACGAAAAAACUGAAGAAAAAUGAAAAUGAAAAUCAUUAGCAUGUAUACGCAAAAAGCAUUGCAACUGAAACGAAAUUAAGUUAUAAAUAAUGAAAGGUGCAUGAGGAGAAAAGACGCAGAAUUUGCUGGUACUUGUUAUAGUAAAAAAAAAGAUUAUAAAAAUGAUUAUGAUUAUAUUGUAUGUAAAACUAUAUUUUAUUUUUGUCACUUUUAUUAAGUUUAUGCUUUUCUAUAUUAAUAAAUUGCGCAUGCGACACAUGCGAAAGAGAAGGACAACAGUAGAGAAGGAAAUAAUAUGAUACCGAAAAAAAAAAUAAUAAUAAUUAAAUAAACAAUUGUACUUUAUACGAUAUUAAUACUAAAAAACCACAAAAAAAAAUAAAAAUUUACUUGUAUUGGUAAAUAAGAUAUACUUAAGGUAGGCAGCAACCCCGAAAUAGGGACAACAGCAAAACAGGCAAAAAGCAACAACAAAUAUAUAACUAAAUAAUAAAUAUAUAACAAGUUUCACACAUUUUAUGUAUAGUGGAUAUAAAAACUAAGAUGAAUAAAACAUAAUCCAUCGCGCUUUCAUGUGCAAAUAAAAAUUAA